AUGGCAACUUUUAAGAUUGAUGUUCAUCAUCACAUUGUACCACCGGAAUUUAGAAAGGGGGGCGAAAAUCCUACCCUCGUCGGUCAAGGCCUGCGAUUACCGCCAUGGAGUCCAGAGAAAAGUCUGGACUUCAUGGAUCGGCACAAUAUCUCAGUAUCCAUCCUGUCCAUGGGAGCUCCAGCGACAAGCAUCAGUAGCGAUUCCCGGGAAGUGGCUGCUUUUUGUCGCAGGAUGAACGAAUAUGCAGCCGAUCUAUGUCAGCAAUACCCAGGAAGAUUUGGGUUCUUCGCAACUUUGCCCUCUCCCGAGGAUAGCGAGACUUGCAUUCAAGAGAUUCGUUAUGCUCUUGAAGGUCUGAAGGCGGAAGGAGUGAGCCUAUUAACGAGCUACGGCGGAAAGUAUCUUGGGCAUCAGGACUUCCGAUCUGUGUGGGAUGAAUUAGACCGUCUCGCAGCCGUAGUCGCGAUUCAUCCAGGAUUCGAGACCGCAAGCGAGGCGAUUCAAGAACCGGUACCCUUGGCAAAGCCGAUAUUCGACUGGACGCACGAGACCACUCGUACCGCAGCGCAUCUGAUUACCACUAACACCAUGAAAACGCAUCCUGCGUGCAAAGUCAUCUUACCGCAUGGAGGUGGCACCCUACCAUACGUAGCCAACCGCAUUGCCCAACUAGGCGCAGCCUUCGGCGCCACGGAGAAAACAGCUGACGAGUUCCUCGAAGAGGCGAGACACUUCUACUACGACACCGCUCUCGCUGGAUAUGACGAGCCCCUACGUUUAUCCCUUGACUUUGCGGCACCAGGGCACGUACUGUUCGGCACCGACUAUCCAUUCUGCCGCGAGGACAUCAUUGCCAAACAGAUUUCGAAGGUAGACACAAUCCUGGAGGGCCGGAAAGAUGCCGAAAUGGUGGCUUACGCCGCCGCCACCCAGCUUUGGCCCAAGUUUAAGUUAGAUUAG